AAAAAAAUGAUUGGAAUUUGGAUUUUUCAUUUCCCAUUUUAAUACCCGCGGAUUUAACAAUUAUAAAAAAUAUACUUAUAAAGGAUUUCGAUUAUUUUCAAGAUCACGGGCCAUUACCAAAUAUAAAUAGAGAACCUCUUACAGGACAUCUUUUCAAUUUAACCGGUGCCAAAUGGAGGAAUCUAAGAGUUAAACUAACACCAACGUUUACUUCUGGCAAAAUGAAAAAUAUGUUUCCCUUAAUGGUCGAAUGUGGAAAUCUUUUAAAAAAUUACAUGGAAGAUCAUAUCGGACAAGAGAAUUCGAUUGAAGUUAAAGAAGUUUUAUGUCGAUUUACAACGGAUAUAAUAUCAUCAUGUGCUUUUGGUAUAGAAAGUAAUUCAUUAAAAAAUCCAGAUUCUGAAUUUCGAAAAUAUGGGAAAAAAGUUUUCGAUGCUGAGGGUAUUCGUAGAUUUAUCGUCGUUUUUUUUAAUCUUUUACCUGAAUUAUUUGAUAUUUUAAGGCUUCGAAUAAUUCAAAAAGAUGUUUCUGAUUUUUUUUUAAAUGCCGUACAAGAAACCAUAGAAUACAGACAGAAAAAUAACAUAAAGAGAAACGAUUUCUUACAACUUCUUAUUCAAUUAAUUAACAAUGGUAAAUUGGAUGAUGUUGAUAAUAUUAAGGAGGGAGGGGAAGACAUUAACGAAAAAAAUACUCAAUCAUCAGCCGCACAAGCUUUUGUUUUCUUUUUGGCCGGUUUUGAAACAUCAUCGACAACAAUGACUUUUGCUUUAUACGAAUUAGCUCGAAACGAAGACGUUCAAGAAAAAUUAAUCGAUGAAAUCGAUAGAAUAUUAAUAAAAUAUGAUAAUAAAAUAACAUACGAAGGAAUAUCAGAAAUGCAUUAUUUAGAUUGGGUGAUUCGCGAAACACUAAGAAAAUAUCCACCGCUUCCAAUAUUGACUCGAAUUUGUAAUAAAGAUUAUAAAGUUCCCGAUACUGAUGUCGUCAUUAAAAAAGGAACAAAUGUUUUCAUACCUGCUUACGGAAUACAAAGAGAUCCGAAAAUAUAUCCAGAUCCAGAAAAAUUUGAUCCCAUGAGACACGCUCCAGAAGAAAAAUCUAAAAGAGAAAAUAUAAGUGCUUUGUAUUUUGGUGAAGGACCGAGAAUAUGUAUUGGAAAUCUUUUCAAUUUAACCGGUGCCAAAUGGAGGAAUCUAAGAGUUAAACUAACACCAACGUUUACUUCUGGCAAAAUGAAAAAUAUGUUUCCCUUAAUGGUCGAAUGUGGAAAUCUUUUAAAAAAUUACAUGGAAGAUCAUAUCGGACAAGAGAAUUCAUUUGAAGUUAAAGAAGUUUUAUGUCGAUUUACAACGGAUAUAAUAUCAUCAUGUGCUUUUGGAAUAGAAAGCAAUUCUUUAAAAAAUCCAGACUCGGAAUUUCGAAAAUAUGGGAAAAAAUUUUUUACUUCUGACGGUUCUCGUAAAUUUCUAAUAGUUUUUUUUAACUUCUUGCCAAAAUUAUUUAAUUUAUUAAGAUUUCGAAUAAUUCAAAAAGAUGUUUCUGAUUUUUUUUUAAAUGCCGUACAAGAAACCAUAGAAUACAGAGAAAAAAAUAAAAUAAAAAGAAAUGAUUUCUUACAACUUCUUAUUCAAUUAAUUAAUAAUGGUAAAUUGGAUGAUGUUGAUAAUAAUAAGGAGGGGGGCGAAGACGUUAACGAAAAAAAUAUCCAGUCAUCAGAUGACAUGAAAUUCGGUCUUAACGAAGCAGCCGCACAAGCUUUUGUUUUCUUUUUGGCCGGUUUUGAAACAUCAUCGACAACAAUGACUUUUGCUUUAUACGAAUUAGCUCGAAACGAAGACGUUCAAGAAAAAUUAAUCGAUGAAAUCGAUAGAAUAUUAAUAAAAUAUGAUAAUAAAAUAACGUACGAAGGAAUAUCAGAAAUGCAUUAUUUCGAUUGGGUUAUCCACGAAACACUAAGAAAAUAUCCACCGGUUCCAAUAUUGAUUCGACUUUGUAAUAAAGAUUAUAAAGUUCCCGAUACUGAUGUUGUCAUUGAAAAAGGAACGACUGUUUUCAUACCUGCUUACGGAAUACAAAGAGAUCCGAAGAUUUAUCCAGAUCCAGAAAAAUUUGAUCCCAUGAGACACGCUCCGGAGGAAAAAUCUAAAAGAGAAAAUAUAAAAAAAUUUAUAAGCCAUAUUUGUUUUGUAUAA